AUGACAGCGGCUCUUGAUGUUGGUCAAUGCGGAAGACAUGUCAAGGGUCAUAUCGGAAACGGAGGCCAUGACGAGCUCAUCUUGGUGGUAAUAUUGUAGCUACUUGAACCGCGAUGCCGAUGACUAUUUGAUCGGGAGCUGCGAGUCUAGUAACCGAAGCUAGAUUCGGGGCCUGGAUUAAAACGAUUGCUCGCACUGGUUUUAUUGAAGUUGUUAAUGAAUUCGAGGGAAGUUGUUUCGUCGAUCUCGACAUCCUUUAGUAGAGGUAAAUACGCGUGGAGGUACCCUCGAAACAUUUACCAGGUCGUCCACCUCCAGAUCUCGCUAACUCGCCACACCAGGUUGAGAAGGACCUGGAUUUCCCUCGUCCAGUUGCGAAGUUGCCUCUUGUCAUUGUUGUUGUUGUAUGGGAGAUGAAGUGCAACAACCAUUUUCGCUACUCGCUUCCUGCCAAUUUAAGCAACCUCCCCGUUGGACUCUUCUACAUCAUGCGAUGGGCUCUUCUUUCCUUCAACUACCUUUUCUUUACUCCGCAUACGAUAGUACAACACUUCGCGCCACCACCGAAUAACGGCGGCGAGACUGAUGCAUAA